AUGAGUGAUUCAACAUCGUCAACUAUUCCAUCAAUAUCAGUGUCGAUGUCGAAUAGAAAUUCAUCAACAAACAAUUGUAAUCAUUUUGGAAAAUAUGUUAAGCUUAAUGUAGGCAAUCAUCUUUUUUUAACAAGUUUUGAUACGUUAACAAAAGAAGAUACUAUGUUUAAAGCAAUGUUUAGUGGACGUAUGGAAGUUGUACAAGAUAGUGAAGGUUGGGUAUUAAUCGAUCGUGAUGGUAAACAUUUUAAUAAAAUAUUAAAUUAUUUACGUGAUGGUACUUUAAAUUUACCUGAUUGUACUCAAACAUUAAAUGAACUAUUACAAGAAGCAAAAUUUUAUUGUAUACAAUCACUGAUUGAACUUAUUGAACAACAUAUACGAAUACGUUUAAGAAAAAAUGCCGGUGAUACGGAUGCUUGUUGUAAAGUGAUUAUGUUAACAUCAGCAAAAGAAUUACCAAACAUUGUUGCUUCUGUACGUAAGCCAAUUGUUAAAUUAGCAAUUAAUAGACAUAAUAAUAAAUAUUCAUAUACUGCUUCAUCUGAUGAAAUGUUAAUGAAAAACAUCGAAUUAUUUGAUAAAUUAAGUAUUCGUUUACAUAAUAGAAUUCUAUUUAUAAAAGAUGUAACCGGUAGUGAAGAAAUAUGUUGUUGGAGUUUUUAUGGCAAUGGACAAAAAAUGGCUGAAGUUUGUUGUACAUCUAUUGUUUAUGCAACUGAAAGAAAACAAAAUAAGGUUGAAUUUUUUGAAGCAAGAAUUUACGAAGAAACAUUAAAUAUCUUAUUAUACGAAAAUCGAAAUGCACCUGUUGAUGAAAUUAUUCGAGCAACAACACCACGUUUUAUAUCCAAUGCAUUAAAUGAUGAUGAUUUAGAUGAAGAACGUUGGACUAAUACAAACUCUGCAUCUGCAACUAGUCGACCACCGAGAAAACGUUGA